GACAGCUCUGGCAAAACGGGAGGUGAUCGUGUGUGGAGGAACCAUUUCGUCUCCUCAAAUCCUCAUGCUGUCGGGUAUCGGUCCGGCCAGGCACCUGCAGGAGCACAAUAUCCCCGUCGUCGCUGACCUCCCGGGCGUGGGUCAGAACUUCCAAGACCACGCCUCCUUGUACGGCCUGACCUGGACCACCACCAAGGGCACGUCACUCAGCCUCCUCACGCUCGCCAACCCUUUCUCGCUGAAGGAGUACAUCUUCCGAAGACGAGGCCCCCUCUCGGCGCCCUACGCGAUCGAGGCCCACGCUUGGAUCCCGGCGGAGGAGGGAGACCCGCUGUGGCCCGAAGUGCAGUUCCUCUUCAUCGCUGGGACGUCGACGCUGGACAAGGGCAUCGCCAUUCCGGAUCUGAUUGGCUAUGAUAGGAAGCUCUACUACAAAUACUUCACGCCCAUCAUGGGUCAGGAAGGCUUCAGCAUAUCGCCCAUGCUGACGAGGGCCAAGUCUCGAGGCUCCAUCACCCUGCAGUCCAACAACCCUAAGGACCCCCCGGUGAUUGACCCUAACUACCUGAGUCACCCUGAUGACGUCAAGAAUAUCAUCCGAGGCAUCAAGUUUGCUCACGAAGUCGCUAAAACACCGGCCAUGCAGGAGUACGGGACACGCUUCCACGAUAAGCCUCUUCCCGGUUGCGAGCACGAGGUCUUCGCGACUGACGCCUACUGGGAGUGUUUCGCGCGGGCUUUCACCGGUCAGACGUACCACCCGGCCGGCACGUGCAAGAUGGGGCCCGUGAGCGAUCCUUACAGCGUCGUCGACCAUAGGCUCAGAGUCCGCGGCGUGUCCGGCCUCCGUGUGGUGGAUGCCUCUAUCAUGCCCCUAAUUGUCUCCACCAACACCAACGCCGCUUCUAUAAUGAUUGGGGAGCGAGGAGCAGAUUUUAUCAAGCAGGAAUGGGGUGUCGUCUAAUCCUGCGCGCUUCGUCAGCUGAUCCUGCGCGCUUCGUCAGCUGAUCCUGCGCGCUUCGUCAGCUGAUCCCGCGCGCUUCGUCAGCUGAUCCUGCGCGCUUCGUCAGCUGAUUCUGCGCGCUUCGUCAGCUGAUCCUGCGCGCGUCUCGUCCUGAUCCUGCGCGCUUCGUC